AUGGCCUCUCAACCUGACCUUCCAAUUCCUAUCUCGUACAUUUCGAGUAAUUACUAUCUUUUCUCUAUUGAUGCAGUCACGUAUUUAAGACGGGAACAUCAUAUUUGUGGUGUCCUGAUCGGAACCUUGCCCCAAAUACCGCAGCAGAAUGUCUUUCUGGGGCUUCCGCUAGAGCUGAUGCCCGAGGAGGCGCGCCUGCUGGUGGAAAAAGGCGUAGCUUACAUUGUAGAUGAGGCCAGAGCCCACAACGAUGGUAUGAAAGCCCUCGUGGAAAACGACAGAAAAGCAUAUCUCCAGGAUUUGAAAUCCCAGGGCGCCCAAGCCAUGCGGCUGCAGAUGAGUCGGAAAGAGCAGCAACGAGAGGAAGCUUUAAAACAGUUGGAAGAAAAGAAGGCUGCGAAGGCCAAGAAGAAUCCACAACAUGAGGAUACUGCCUCCGGUGAGAAGCAGGAUGAGAAACAGGAAAGUCUAGCACCCUCGGACCUUUUUGCACCUGAACCGCUUCCGGAGAGCAGGUUGGCAUCAUCUCGCGCUUCCAUCAUCUCGCCUGAGAUGGCAAUGGGCAUCACGCCUGCCACAUCCUAUCCUCCUCUCCCUCGGCCGUCGCCCGCGCAGCUCCUGCCACUUCCCAAGGUCCCGUCUUCAUAUCCAUUGUUUGCACAUCUGCACUCCAAGGGUUAUUUUCUGUCUCCCGGUCUACGGUUCGGGUGCGAGUACCUUGCAUACCCCGGCGAUCCCCUCCGGUUCCACUCCCACUUUCUGGUCGUUUCCGCCGAAUGGGAUCAGGAAAUCGAUCUGAUGGAUAUCAUAGCUGGGGGCCGACUGGGCACAGGUGUGAAAAAGGGAUUUCUCCUCGGCGGGGCUGAAAGGAAAGCCGAACAUUCUGAAGCCCAGGGAAAUGAUAGCAUAAGGACUUUCAGCAUCGAAUGGGCCGGAAUGUGA